CGGGCCCGCGGGCGGGGUCGGCGGGGACCGGCUCCUCGGGUGAUGGACCGUCGCGCCGCCACCUGCUUGCGCCCGGCCGGCCCUCAGGACUCUCCGGGCGUGAGGCCGGACGGGAGAUAUGUGUAACACACCGACUUACUGUGACCUAGGAAAGGCUGCCAAGGAUGUCUUCAACAAAGGAUAUGGAUUUGGCAUGGUCAAAAUAGAUCUGAGAACCAAGUCAUGUAGUGGAGUGGAAUUUUCUACUUCUGGUCAUGCUUACACUGAUACAGGGAAAGCAUCAGGCAACCUAGAGACCAAAUACAAGAUUUGUAACUAUGGACUGACCUUCACCCAAAAGUGGAACACAGACAAUACUCUUGGGACAGAAAUCUCUUUGGAGAAUAAGUUGGCUGAAGGGUUGAAACUGACUCUUGAUACCAUAUUUGUACCGAACACAGGAAAGAAGAGUGGGAAAUUGAAGGCCUCCUAUAAACGGGAUUGUUUCAGUCUUGGCAGUAAUGUUGAUAUAGAUUUUUCUGGACCAACCAUCUAUGGCUGGGCUGUGUUGGCCAUUGAAGGUUGGCUUGCUGGCUAUCAGAUGAGUUUUGACACAGCCAAAUCCAAACUGUCACAGAAUAAUUUCGCCCUGGGUUACAAGGCUGCAGACUUCCAGCUGCACACUCACGUGAACGAUGGCACUGAAUUUGGAGGGUCGAUCUACCAGAAGGUGAACGAGAAGAUUGAAACGUCAAUAAACCUUGCGUGGACGGCUGGCAGUAACAACACCCGUUUCGGCAUCGCCGCUAAGUACAAGCUGGAUUGUAGAACUUCUCUAUGUGCUAAAGUGAAUAAUGCCAGCCUGAUUGGACUGGGUUAUACUCAGACCCUUCGACCAGGAGUGAAACUGACCCUGUCAGCUCUAAUCGAUGGAAAGAACUUCAGUGCAGGAGGGCACAAGGUCGGGCUGGGAUUUGAACUAGAAGCUUAAUGUGGUUUUGAAUAAAGCAUCAGCUUUGUCCCUGGAGGUGAAGAGAAAUGAACCCACUAUGUUUUGGCCUUAAAAUUCUUCUGUGAAAUUUCAAAAGUGUGAACUUUUUAUUCUUCCAAAGAAUUGUAAUCCUUCUCACACUGAAGCCUAGAUAUCGAGCCCAGCCUAAGGGAGGUGUGCUUGAAGGCAUGCCCGGAAGUCGUCAUGUUCGUGCCACAUUUCAGUUCAAUUCCGCAGUGUUAUUUUCAAUGUGUUGCUCAGCGACAGUAUAGUGUCAUGUUACAAAGGAGAUGACCCGACCCUCCAGUUGUCCAUCACGUCCUGCAUGUCCCACACCACUUUUUCAUGACCUUGUAAUAUACUGGUCUCUGUGCGGUAGUGGAAUCUUUCGUUUUGCAGCAGAGUAAAAUAAAAUAAACCCAUCACAUUUGGAACAUAAUUGUUCAUCUCACUUGCCAGUGCUGGUUUCUUAUAUUUGGUGGGAUUGAUUUUGUUGUGAAAAGCACUCAUCCGUGGGAUUUGUGUCUGAAUCAUCUGUGCUGCUGCCCGUCCCGCCACUCCUGCUCACCGCCCUCCUGCUGCUCUUCUGCGGUCAGGCCGAGUUGUCAAACAGUGCGUUUUGUUCUGGGGGGUUAGAAGCACGUCUGCUGAGGUCCUUGCUACCUGUUGCGGUGUGAGAGACUAUAUCCUGUCGGUAGUUUUGUAAAGCUGCUGAGGGAGAGUGAGCGUGUGAGUGGAUGAAAAGAGGGCAAAGGAAAGAGUACAAUUGGGGGAAAUGCUGCCAGGGAGAGGCUGGUGGGAGGGGUCACGGCUGGACGGGUUGCAUCCGUGGCCCCCCCCGGGCCUCAGGACAAUGCUUUUGAUGACUAGAUCUAGAAGAAUGAUGGCCAGUGGAUGGAAAUAGCAGUUUAGAAAAGAAAUGAGUAGACUGAUGUUUUCAGGGCUUAUUGGUAAAUCAUCUUUCUAAGAGUAGAGCUCCUUUUGAAAAUUUUUUUUUUUUAACAAAAUAUGUGCUGGUUGCUACAGAUUCAGUCAGUGUAAGCAUAAAUAAAAGUGAAAAUUCC